UUUAAAUCGAAAAAUAAAAAAAUUUUUCACAUAAAAAUACAAGAAUAUAGGAAAGGGAAACUAGUCAUGUCCAAGCCCACAAGUUUGAAGGAUGCCCUGGCCAAGUGGGAGGAUCGCAAUAAACAGCCAGCCAGUACCGCCAUAGAAAUCGGUCUGCAGUUCCAGUACCCACCGAUUGAGAAAAUGGAUCCGAUCCUGAACAGUCUGACCGAGUGCCAGAAGCUGAGUCUGUCCUCCAACAUGAUAGAGAAGAUAUCUGGUAUAUCGGGGAUGAAAAAUCUGCGGAUCUUGUGUUUGGCACGCAAUAACCUGAAGACCCUCAAUGGCAUCGAACCACUGGGUGAAACGCUGGAGGAAUUGUGGGUCAGCUACAACAACAUCGAGAAGAUCAAGCCCAUCGAAUCGAUGAAGGCCCUUCGUGUGUUCUAUAUAUCGAAUAACGUUAUCAAGGACUGGGUGGAGUUUAUGCGCAUAGCCAUUCCACCGAACCUCAGCGAUAUCACAUUCGUGGGUAAUAUUUUGAGCGAGAAUAUGGAACCCGCCGCUUUCACCGCCGAGGCAGUGCGUCGUCUACCGAAUCUGAAGAAACUGGACGGGGAGCCAGUCAUUCGUUAGGUGAAAUUAUACACACAAUAGUUUAUGUUCGAAAUAAAGAGCUGGAAAAAGUAGAACAUA